CGGCCGGUGCUUACCGGCGCCUUUUUUCCCCCCCCUCCCCUCCCCCUCCCCUCCCGUUUGCCCCGGCGGCGGCGGCGGUCGCCCCGUUCCUUUUCUUUCCUUCCUCACCGCCCCCCCCCCCUCUUCCCCCCGCCCCGGCCCCGUUCCCCCGCAGCCGGGCGGGGGAGGAGGAUGGAAACACCCUUCUACCAUGAUGAUGUGUUGAGCGGCCUCGGCAGCGGCUUCGCCCCGUCCUCCGGUAGCAGCGGGCUCCUCCUGCCCUUCCCCGGCGGCGGCAGCAUGAUGAAGAAGGACGCUCUCGGAAUGGCCUUACCGGAGCAGGUGGCUGCGGCUUUGAAAGCACCGGGUUCGGCGAGCGGUGAAGCGGCGGGAUUGCUGGGUUCGGCCGAACUGGGUUUGCUGAAGUUGGCGUCUCCCGAGCUGGAACGGCUCAUCAUCCAGUCCAACGGGUUGGUGACCACCACCCCGACCAGCGGGCAGUUCCUCUACCCCAAAACGGCCGCGUCCGAGGAGCAGGAGUUCGCCGAGGGGUUCGUUAAAGCGCUGGAGGACUUGCACAAGCAGAACCAGCUGGGCGGCGGCGCGGCGGGGAGCGGCGGCGGCGGCGGAGGAGGCGGCGGCGGCGGUGGAGGAGGAGGAGGAGGAGGCAGCGGCGCGGGCGAGCUGCCCGCCGCCGGUCUGGCCCCGGAGCCUCCGGUGUACGCCAACCUCAGCAGCUACCCGGCGGUGAGCUACGCCGCCGAUCCCGGCCCCUUCGCCGCGCCUCCUCCGCGGCUCCCCCCGCCGCCGCCUCCACCACCUCCUCCACCGCCACCACCGUUAAAGGACGAACCUCAGAUCGUCCCGGAGGUGCCGAAUUUUGGGGAAAGCCCACCCCUUUCCCCCAUCGAUAUGGACACGCAGGAACGUAUCAAGGCGGAACGAAAAAGGCUGAGGAACCGCAUCGCCGCUUCCAAAUGCCGUAAGAGGAAGCUGGAACGAAUCUCCCGCCUGGAGGAGAAGGUGAAGAGCCUCAAGAGCCAGAACACGGAGCUGGCCUCCACCGCCAGCCUGCUCCGGGAGCAGGUCGCCCAGCUCAAGCAGAAGGUCCUCAGCCACGUCAACAGCGGCUGCCAGCUCCUGCCCCAGCACCAGCACCAGGUGCCGGCUUACUGACCCCCCCCCCGCCUCCCCCACGGGGGGACCGAGGGGAAUUCCCCUCACGUUUCCCCGCGAACGGACUUGAGGGGGGUGAGGGGAGGGAGAGGACGGUGUUCCUGAGGUGGGGGAUGGCGGAGGGGGAAGCUGUGGGGGCUGCCCAGCGAACGGACUGAGGGGGAGCCCGAGCCGCCCCCCCCCCCACACACUCCCCACCCGCGCCCCCGCCGGGACUGGCGGGCCCCCGCGCCCGAGACAUUCCAGUCAGGCCCCAGUAAAACCCCGCGACACGGA